CACCACAGUGAAGGAGAGCCGUGUUCUGUGUCUGGUUCUUCUCGACCAUCAUGUCUUACACGGCCGGGUCUUAUAUGGCCAAGCCCUACGCGGACAAAACCUAUGGGGGCAGUGUGUACACGGGCUAUCCUGCUGAGAAGUCUGCAGAGGAAAUAUACGAGGAGCAGCUCAAGGUGGAGAAGAGGAAGAGACGGGAGUCCAUGUGCUGUGAGGUGGUGGCGCUGGUCAUCGGGUUUUUCGGAUUGAUCGGCGUCGCCGCCGUCACGGGCCUCCCGAUGUGGAAGGUGACGGCGUUCAUCCAGGAGAACAUCAUUGUGAUGGAGACGCGUUGGGAAGGCUUGUGGAUGAACUGCUACCGGCAAGCCAACAUCCGUAUGCAAUGCAAGGUCUACGAUUCUUUGCUGUACCUCCCGGCCGAACUCCAGGCUUCCAGGGGUCUCAUGUGCACCUCCGUCGCUUUGUCCGCCUUCGCCUGCAUCGUGUCAGCCGUAGGAAUGCGCUGUACCCGUCUGGUGGACUCCCGUCCCAAGACCAAGCACAUUGUUUUGGUGAGUGGAGGGUGUUUGUUCCUGGCGGGCUGCUUGACCACCAUCAUCCCCGUGUCGUGGACGGCUCACGCGAUCAUCCAAGACUUCUACAACCCUUUGUUGCUCGACGCCCAACGCAGAGAGCUUGGGGAGGCCCUUUAUAUCGGAUGGGUCACUUCUGCUUUGCUCUUCUGCGCCGGGGUGAUUCUGCUGUGUCGACAUGCACCGCGGACACAGGACAAAGCGGACAUGGCUGCUGUGAUGUAUCGUGCCGGAUCCGUCCCGUACAACUACUCCUACAGGCCCGGAUAUGGAUACCCUUACGGACAACCCGCAUAUCAACCAGCCUAUUCUUCCGUUCCACCCUCAGUCUAUAACCAGCCAAGAUAUUAAAACACACACAGUGAGUGCUGCACUUUACCACUAAAAUCUCCCAUAGAGACUCCAGUGCAGAAAGAACUUGAGAUGGGAACAAACAUUCAGAAGAAAACAGGACUUAUGGAGCCUAUUUGUUGAUAAUAUAUGACUGUAUAUGUGAUGCUUGAUUUUUAAUGAAUUUCCUUCUUGCCUGUAUUUAAAAAUGAUGUUCAUAAUUAACAUUUGUACAAAAAUAGGAUGGAAUGUGCUAAAUUUAAAAACGGCAACGUGGGAUAUUUCCACACAGCAUUUAACCGAUUUAAUGGGG